AUGAAAUCUCUUAAUGGUGCUUCACUUGCUCUCAAGACGCGUCGAGCCGCUUUGAAGCGGAAACGAAGUUACGGCGCAAUGGAGGUCGACCAAGACGUGUCGACACAGAGUAACCGGCCAAAGAAGCACAAAUCGUCGACUUAUGGCUCACAAUUCUUCAUUACAACCCCUCUCGAUGCUCGUUUCGUCAUCCGACCACCCCACGCCGAGGACACCCAUUCACUCAUUUCUGCCUCUAAACCUUUGAUCGAUUCAUUAACAACCCAAAAUUUGGAUUUGGAUGAUAAAAUGGGCUGCGUCUCUCGAGCAACUUGCCACACCAUCAACGCGACCCGCCAAAGUGACUGGUGGCUCACCUCCGGCGAUAUUGUCCUUGGUGUAGAAUCCUUGAUCUUCAAGGUUCACAAAAAGGUUCUCGCAGAGCACUCAUCCGUUUUCGAGGGCAUGUUCACUCUGAGUGCUCCUGCUGAAGGAGACUGCAUCGAGGACAUUCCAUUCGUACAAUUAUACGACAGUGCAGGUGACUGGAUUGAAGUUCUAAAAUGGAUUUAUAUGGGACCCCCCAACGACGCUUUUGAUCUCACGCAGCCAGCAAUAUUCCAAACAAUCAGGUCUUAUUCCAACAUUGCAAGCAAGUACGAUAUGCCGGCACUAAUGGAGUUUGCUCAAGAAGCACUUGUCAAGCUUUAUUCGCCAAAUCUGCUAAAUCUUCUUGAAGACGACAUACUAAGGAGGGUAGCUACAACUCAUGCCGUUGAAUCCAUAAACUUGUCCCGGCGAUGCGAUAUGCCGUCCAUUCUUCCGGUCGCAUUCUUUCUCCUGGCGACAGCUGAAGAUGCGGCGCUAUUGUUGGGGGAAACAUCUGCAUCGUGCCAAUUACAGCUUGCCGACGCAUUAAGGUUGCAAGCUGGGAGGCAAGCAUGUGAGGUGGCUGCCAAUACCUUUCUUACAUCGCUCCUCUUCCAAAACUCCUUUGAAACUAGCAAAACGGAGCUACGUCUCCCAUCUAUUGAAUGCUGCUCGACAUCACAGAGGCUGAAGCAAUUAUGCGAGACUGCUUUUCUGACCAGCUCUGGCGCCGCCGCUUUUGCUCGUGUGUUAAUACUCCUAGCCAAUCAACGUACGGCAAUGAAGGUCUGUGGGAAAUGUGCACUAGAGGUUGAGAUUUGGUUUGUCAAGUAUUUGGAUGGACUAUCGUUGCACCUAUGUAGAUGGUUCGAGUUGGACUAG